UAAUUCACCAUUAAGCGUGUUAGGUGAUAUGGAGUCUAUUUUAUGUCAUCAUUAAAUAACCAAGAAUUAAAAAUGCAUUAAACACAAAUUCUAACUGAAAAUUCAUUAUGUGCACAGAAACUGAUAAAAACACAAUCACAAUAUGGAAUGUUAUACUUGUGUUCUCAGCACCUCAGAUUUUCCAGAGUCUCAAAGGUCGUGAACUCUCUAUUGGGUUUGUUGCUAAUUUGCUGGAGAUUGAAAGGUGGCCAAGAUAAGUGGUUCUUGUGCUCGAUUUGGUGUGGUCAAUGAGGGAUGCCUGUUGUGGGUUCUUGAGAGCCAUUGAUGAAAGUUGAUGUAUAAAGUAGUUGCAGGUUGCUUCGAGAAGACAAUACCUUUAGGCCAUAAGCAUGAAGCAAGGGACGCCACCAUCUUCAACAAAGAGUGAAAGCAAAGUUUCUGGUAAUAUGUCACAGCCAACACCACCAUCUUAUCUCAGAGCUUCAGCUUCUUCCAAAGCAAAGGAGUCUCCGAGUCCAAGGCCAUCAAGAGCAAAGUCAGUCUCCCCAGAUGUGAAUUGUGACAAUUCCAGGAGCAUUAGAAGGUCUCUUUUGCUCAACAAGCCUAAAUCUGGAGAGUUGGUGUUGGGAUCUCAGAAAAGUAAGGAACUUGAAGAGACUAAAGCUGUGGGUAGGCCUGGAAAUCGCCAGGUUGCUGAGCAAUUUGCAAGGCCAAGGCCGCAGAGGCCUGCGGAUCCUAAUUCCAAGAGAAAUGAAGAAGACCCACAUGUGAAAAACAGAGAAUUGCAGGAAAGACUUGACAUGAGUGAGAGUUUGACCAUGAAUUUUCAGGCUGAGGUGUUGGCCUUGAAGGCAGAGUUGGAUAAGGCUCAGGGCUUGAACGUGGAGCUGCAGUCACAGAACAAAAACCUCACUGAGAAACUUGCUGCUGCUGAAGCAAAGAUAGCAGCUUUUACCACUCGUGAACAGCGGGAGACAAAUGGAGAGUACCAGAGCCCUAAAUUUAAAGACCUUCAGAAACUCAUUGCCAACAAAUUAGAACGCCCAGUAGUAAAGAAAGAGGCAGUCAAAGAAAAAAGUGCUAAUAAAACACCAGCUCCAGCACCAACUGGUGCAAUUCCUAGAGUUGCAGCCACCCAAUCUGGGCCACCACCCCCGCCCCCACCGCCACCAUCAGUUCGAUCCCCGACCCCACCACCACCUCCACCUCAGCCCUCAGUGAGAACAACUACCAGUGCCACUCAGAAGGCUCCAUCCCUUGUAGAAUUUUUUCACUCAUUAAGAAAGCAAGAGGUGAAGAGGGACUCUCCAGAAUCUAGAAACCAUCAUAAACCAUCAGCUAUUAGUGCACAUAAUAGCAUAGUUGGAGAGAUUCAAAACCGUUCAGCGCAUCUGUUAGCUAUAAAAGCAGAUGUUCAAACAAAAGGAGAGUUCAUCAAUGACCUUAUCCAGAAGGUGCUGGUUGCAGCAUAUACUGAUAUAGAAGAUGUCCUAAAAUUUGUGGAUUGGCUUGAUGGAGAACUCUCAUCCUUGGCUGAUGAACGGGCUGUCUUAAAGCAUUUUAAGUGGCCUGAGAGGAAAGCUGAUGCCAUGCGAGAAGCUGCAAUUGAAUAUCGUGACCUUAAACUGUUGCAAAGCGAGAUUUCUUCGUAUAAGGAUGACACUGACAUUCCAUGUGCAGCUGCCUUGAAGAAGAUGGCUGGCUUAUUAGACAAGUCGGAGCGAAGUAUACAAAGGCUAAUUAAGUUAAGAAACUCAGUUAUGCGUUCUUAUCAGGAAUUGAAAAUUCCAAUUGAUUGGAUGCUUGAUUCUGGGAUUGUGAGUAAGAUAAAGAAGGCUUCCAUGAAUCUGGCUAAUGUUUACAUGAAGAGGGUGACAAUGGAGCUUGAAUCCAUUCGGAAUUCAGAUAGAGAAACAAGUCAAGAAUCUCUUCUGCUUCAGGGCGUGCAUUUUGUAUAUAGGGCUCACCAGUUUGCUGGAGGUCUGGACUCUGAAACAUUAUGUGCUUUUGAAGAAAUAAGACAGCGAGUACCGGGACACUUGGGAGGUUCUCAAGAGCUGUUGGCAGGCAUAGCAUCUUCCUAACAAGCUGCAAUGAGAGACUUCCUGCCGCCAGUUAUGAGUUUAUAAGAAAGUUAAGCAUUUUCUUCAUUGUAUUUUUAUGAGGUUUACAAGAACCCCAGCUGCAAACAGAAGUCGAAUAAUCUGACUGCAAAAGGUUCAAAAUCCAGUUUUGUGAAGCAUUGAGAAGUGAAUGAAAUCUCCACCAAGAAUGUUGCAUCACUCAGAGGCUACCUAAAACCAGCUUUCCAGGCCGACUACUGACGGCAUGGACAUGGACUCUUCACCAAUCAAAGCUCCUACUAUGAUCAACUGACUAUGGUAAUAGUUGCUGUAAAAGAUCUCCUACUGAUUAUACUUUCUGCUUUUUGUGUAUAAUAUUAAACAAUGUUCACUGUAUUUAAUCUUCUUUUGUGAUAAGAUCCCAGCUCAACUGCCUGUGGCUUUAUUUUUUACCUUUUUUGUUCUCUAAAGAGAUCUAUAAAUUUAGCACUUGUAUUUUGAAACUUGGUUGUACAUUGCACAGGCUGAACUACUGUCCCCAAGAAUGUUUGGUGUCCAUGGAAAUUUCUUGCUGUUUUCGCUAAUUAGCUGCAUGAGAUUGAUUCUGAUCCU